UUAAUAGAAAAGCAUAUAUCUUUUUAAGUAUUUUUAUCACUCUGAAUUGCUUUUUCUUGCCAGUAGCGCUUGUAGAUUACGAAAAAAUGUUGCUUCCGGUCCACCAAUACUAACAAUAGGAAAAUGAGUCAAACAAAUUUAUCAUGAAAUAUAUGCUUAAAAGGUUCUCCUAUUCAUAAGGAUGGGUCGAAAAAAUAUAAACGUCACGUAACACUCUUACCUUUUAUAUGUGUGGGAGACGCAGGUAGGAUGUCAGAAAUAUGCGCUGCAUGGUCCACUGUUGGGCUGGGAUUUAAAACGGACUCAACAAAUCACAUCGCAGAUAGUAUCCGACCGGCAAGCCGAACGAACGUAGUGCUUACAUAUCUGAGAACAACGUUCCAGACGAAGUUAAAUGAAAGUUCAUUUUAAUUUACUGACGCCACGCUAUACAUAUUUUCUAAAAGUUACAGUUGAAUUACGAUAAUCUCGAAAUAAUCAUUCGGCAUAACAAAUUUUCAACGUAAUCCGAUUUCGAUAGAAUUAAAAAGUAUUAACACAGCAUCAGCCAUGAAACCAAUCCUGUACAAAGUCGAAACCUACAUCAUGCCCGACGCGGAAAACUUAAUUAAAGAGAUCAAUGAUAUCAACGUCGCAAAUCGUCGAUUAAAUAUCCAGAGCGAAAACAUAUCCGAGAAAAAUAUACCAAACAAAAAAAAUGCGUCGCUUAUUUCGCAUGAUAAAUGCAAGGAACUCGUAAAGUUUUCUGCUGAGAAUAGCAAAUUGAUUGAUAUAAAAAUUAUGAAAGAUAUAACGAACGAAAAUGCAACUGAAUGCGUCAAUGAAUGCCUUGAUAAAAAUAUUAAACAUAAUAAUGAUAAGAAUUCUUGUCAUUCUGAUGAACUUCUAUGUGCACAGAAAAUGGAAUUUCAAACGUCGAUUAAACCUCAGGAUGUAUAUCCUGCACAAUUCAAACACGUUAACUUGAUGUCAAUCGAUGAGAGAAGCGAAAAUUCUUUGGAUAACAAGCUGAAUGACUUCUGUUGUCACGGUUACAAAAAUGGUUGCACUGCAUCGAUUCCAUCGCCCGAAGAGAUCAGCGAGGAAAUCUUUAAGGAGAACUGGCUGCAAAAGAUUGAGAUGCUGAGACAUCACGAAGCAUGUUUACGGGAGAGAGAAUUGAAUCUACAAAUUAGAGAAAGCGAAUUAUUCAAAAGAGAGAAGAAACUCAGGAUUAUAGAGAAGAAUCUCAAAAAUAAAAUGAGACAGCAGAUAAAACAUCAAAAAGAUGUGCUAGUCGUGGAAAAGAGGCUGCAGGAAGCUGCAAAAAUUUUAUCCUGUGAAGAUUUCAAUGAGUUUGCACAAGAAGAAAUCGCAGAGGAAGAAAAUAUCCCAAAGGAAGAAGAAAUUUCCGAAAAAGCAGAAAUUUCCAAACAAAUGGAGCUUUUAAAAAAAGUAGAGAUUCCGAAUAAAAUAGAGAUUGAAAAAGGAACAGAGAUUUCGAAAAUAGUAGAGAUAUCAAAAGAAACAGAAAUUGAAAAAUGUAGAGAUUCCGAAAAAAUAGAGAUUCCAAAAGAAACAAAGAUUUCAGAAAAUCUGCAAUCUAUCAUUAAUCCACAAGAAAGAAAUGAAGAAUCUAGUAAAAAAAUAUCUCUAUUGCACUCAAAGAACAAUUCAUUGUCAAGAAAAUCCUCCUAUUCAAAAACACUGACUCAUUCAUACGCUUCCAUAAAGUAUAAAGGGCGACCUAAGAUAGAGUACAAUGAUCUAAACUCAACAUUGUCAGCUGCUAGCGGAGAGUCAUCCUUUGUGCGGACGUCGGAGCUGUUUAAUCCAACGAUUUACAAAAAACCGUCUGCGUUCAUGCGAUCAGCAAGCGAGCGACGAAUCAGAAAUAAGGAUAUUAUAGAAAAAAUGCAAACAGUUGAAUCUGAAUAUAUGAUCGAGGAAGAUAAAAUCUUCCGGAAAGUCAGCGAUAAUAUAUGUGCUUUGCAGGAAAAGGAAGCAAAGUUCCAGGAUUAUGGACUCGUAGAUUGUAAGCCAGAUAAUGUUCCAGGUAAAAUAAAACGUAACGUUGAUAACGAAGGGAAAUUAUCCUCAUAUCUCGAUUUGGAAAUCGGCGAAAAGCAAAAUCGCCCAAAUCUAGCUGAAACAUUCAAGAACAGACCAGUCUCCUGGAACGAAGAGUCAAACGAAUGGCUGCAAAAGAAGCGCGAAGCGUAUAAUUCAAUGAUCAAACAAUCAGCCGGAAACAAGGAGAACGUCAAGUGCAAUACUGUCACAACCAAAGUAGUAAAGAAAAAACCAAAAAGAUUCACUCUAUUUCGUUAGCACGUUUACGAUAUUACAAAUAAUAUAAUAUCUAAAACAAGAAUCUGAUGACUCGAGAGUUAAUUUUUUGCUUAUUUCAAAGUGAUAAGAAUUUCUGAAGAAGGUUUAUGAAUGAUCUCAAUCAAUUUAAAAUAAUGCAAAUGUAAUAUAAUUUUUAUAGAGAUUUGUAAAUAUGUAGAGUAUCCAGUAAUAAUUUCUCAUGGGCAAAUAGAGUGGAUUAUGUUGAAUGGAAAAGUCUUGUAUCAUUUUAUAAUUUUCACAAAUAAUUAAGUAAUUGUUAAUUUAUACAGAUCCACGAAUAUUCGAAAGGAUUUUUCUAUUCAACCUACUCUAUUUACUUACGAG